AUGUCUACUGAAGAAUUAAACAACGCAACAAAGGAUUUGUCCCUUGAUGAGAAGAAAGACGUUACUGCUUUAGAAAACCCUGCAGAAUUCAACGUCAAACACCCACUAAACUCCACAUGGACCUUAUGGUACACCAAGCCAGCAGUUGACAACACCGAAAGCUGGGCCGAUUUGUUAAAGCCAGUUGUUACUUUCAAUACCGUCGAGGAGUUCUGGGGGAUCUUCCAUGCGAUUCCCAAGGUCAAUGAGUUGCCAUUAAAGUCGGACUACCAUUUAUUCAGGGGCGACAUCAAGCCAGAAUGGGAAGACUCUCAGAAUUCCGAUGGUGGUAAAUGGUUCUGUCAAUUCAAGGGCAAAAGAGAAGACAUGAACGAGCUCUGGACCAGAACCUUAUUGAGUGUCAUUGGUGAGACGAUUGAGAAGGCGGAAACCGAAACCAACGAAGUUAACGGUGUUGUUUUCAACGUCAGAAGAGGUACUUGUAAGAUUGGUUUAUGGACCAAGUCAUGUGAUGAGGAAAGAUUGAGAGCUAUUGGUGAGGUUUUCAAGAAGGUUCUCAAGUUGGGCGAUGAGGAUAAGAUUGAGUUUAUAAGACACAAGGAUUCUGACAAUAGAAAUGCCAAGCCAAUGAUUAUUAUGUAA